AUGAUGGUUGAGAAGAGUAGUACCAUUAGUACGAGUGGAGCGGUGGCCGCGAGUGGACAGUCAUCGGGAGUGAAGUCUAAUCAAUGGAAUGGUUUGAAAUUUGAAGGCGAAAAAGGAAAUGAAAUGACGGAAAAGUUCCGCAAAUUGAUGGGAAUUAAAGAGAAAGACAUGAGUUCUUCAGCUCUGAGUAAGAAUGAAAGUGCGAUCGAAAGUCAAGAAACUCUGUUUCGAAAUCUGGAUCUGCAGUACACUAUCGCUCGCCUCUCGACUCACACACAGCGUGGAGUCGGUCUCGGGUUCGGUGGCCCUCAAAAGUGA